AGAGAGAGAGAGAGAGAGAGAGAGAGAGAGAGAGAGAGAUGAGUCCGACGGUGACGGACGAGUGGACGGACGUUGGUGAAACUUAUCGUCGCGAUGAUAGCAGAUAAGAGCGUUUCAUGAUCGAAAACGUGGCUCGGAUAUCGGCAGAUAUCGCGACGCCGUGUCGGAGUUUGCUGCUUUCUCGCUGCUACCCACGUGAAUGAAACGCCUGCCGAGACCGGCGAUUCCGGCACGACGAGAGAGAAAAGUCGUCGCAGUGAUAAUUCAGAGACUCGAUCGUGUGCGAUCCCUACGGCCAUCCGAGCGUCUACCAAGUGCGCCGAGGAGGAAGGGGACAAAUCCAGUGAAGGUGUCAAACGUCGGCGGCACGGCAAUUGACAUUUCCGUGACAUUUAGUGCGCGAUUCAAGUCUCGAGUGCCAGACACCUUUCCGUGUAACACGCGUGUCCCGGCGAUGUUGUAGCGAUAGCAGCACGCUCAUAGAGAUAGCGCUAAUAGUCGGUGCGAUACCUCUAUCGUCGUCGUCGUCGUCGUCGUCGUCGUAACGACGUUGCGAUGAACAUUGGCACGAACGACAGUGCGGCGGAGAGGAAGUGAUACGAGGACGUGGCGAGUCGAUGACGCGUCGUCCGUGCCUUAUCAGCGUCGUAACUGGAGCACCGUAACGCCGAACACUCAUCUAAAAAGACUUAUCUGUCUCUUGGAAUUUUUCACUUGCACGUGUACCGCCUCGAUCGUUCGCAUCCGACGACCCGCGUUCUCGCAGAAGCCCGUGGUGUGUCCGGUCGAGCGACAUCGAAAUCAGAUCCUCGACGGUGGACUCGUCUCCAAGACUCCGGUCAGCUUGGUGCAACAGGUGGUUCCUGGCCGGAGAGACCAUCGGGGAAAAAGGUCGGGCUCUUUCGCGACGUCCGACCGGAGGGCAGAGAAUCGCACGGGUGAAGGUCGACGCCGAUUGUCAAACUGGACAUUCUUACCGCCACGUCGGGAAGAACGGAGUGGAGAUGUCCGCGGGUCGCUGAGAGAAUGAGGGAGCUGGACACCGAGAGCCCUGUCGUCUGGCCAGCCUGGUGUUAUACUGGUGAGGUGUCGGGCGAGAGCGUGUCCACGGGUACAGCACCACGUGGCGGCGACCGUGGAGAGACAGCGGAUUUAGGAACGCACACGGAGAACAACGACGGGGCCACCCUGGCAGCGAACACAGCGGUCGACGCCAGGGGCGGGAGCCCUCAGGGUGCCCACCUGUCCGGUGCGGCAACCCCGAGGCCACCGAGGAACAGGAGGCGGCAGAACCAGAAUGGUCUCGACACCACCCAGGUCAAGACGGAGCGACUCACGCCCGACAAUAACUCGACGUCGUCGAGGAGCGUGACGCCUUCUUCGUCGAGUCACCCAGGUACGCCGCCAAAUGCUACGCCCUUGGGUGGACCCGAGGGCCCGCCGCCACCCCAUCAUCUCAAGCACAUGGAGCAGAUGAUGGGGCGAAACUACAGUGAUUUCAUGAGGAGCCUCGCCGCCAAGUACAACAACGCCAACCCCAACGAUUACUUUAGCACGCCGAGGAACGGCUAUCCACCAGGCCUGGACCCGAGGUUUCCGGCCUUCAAGACCGCGGCGACGCCGUUCGUCGGCCUGAUGGCGCCUCUAGGCGCUCCGCAACCACCGACCGUCCCGACCACCUCGCCGCUCUCGAACAAAGACCCGAAGGAGCAGAAGCAAGACAGCCUCUUCGGUAACCCCGUAUUCCCGCCUAUGAUCGAUAUGUCUUCCACCCAGGCUCUCUUGCAUAUGGUACGGACUGCCAAUGCCGCUCAGAGCGCCGCCGAGUUGGAGACAUACCUCAAAGGGGCCAACAAGAGAGACGCAGGAGUGACGAGUCCGUUGGACCUCUCGAGCCCCGGCGGCUUCGCGCCUCGCAAGCGACAGCGGACGGAAACGCGGAGGUCCGAGAGCGUGUCGCCCAAGCCGAAGCCCGCCGCGAGACCGACCACGCCACCGCCCGUCAGGUGUCCAUCGUUGUGCGGCCAUAUGCCCUGCGGUGACGGCCAGGCGGUGAAUCGUUGGACCAUCGAGGACGUCGUCAACUACGUCUCGUCGAUCGACAUCUGCGCCGAGUACGCCCAGAACUUCCAGGAGAAUCGCAUUGACGGUGCCGCGCUGCCGCUGCUCUCGGAGGAUCACCUAACGGGUCCGAUGGGCAUGAAGCUCGGUCCGGCGUUGAAGCUGCGUGCCAUGCUCGCCCGAAAGCUCGGAGCUUGCACGGUGUGCUUGCACUGCGCGCAUUGCCACCAAACGCCGUUACCGGCGCUAAGCGCCGCCGCCGCCGCUGCCGCUGCCGCUGCCGUGACGCAGCAGCAGCCGCAACAACCGCAGCAGCAGCAACAGCAGCAACAGCAGCAGCAGCAGCAGCAGCAACAGCAGCAGCAGCAGCAGCAGCAGCAGCAGCAACAGCAGACGUCGGGCCGGCGACCGAGCAGCACCGGGAACUGACAAACAAUGGCGGAGACUCCCCCGGUGGGGCCCGAGACUGCGGCGGCCGCUGUCGGUAUGACCCUGUCGCCGUCUCCGGACCCGAACCGUGCCCUCAGGAUAGAGCGGCGCGUGCCCCGUCCGGUACGCAAGCCGGAAGUCGUCUUCAAGAAGCCGAUCAAGCAGUGACACGCGGUGGACGUGCGAGAUGCGCGCGAGAUGUCGAAGACGCUUUCGUAUUGUUACCCCGGGUGUGUGUGGAGACUCCGCCUGUUGUCAAUAGUGUGACCCAAAUGUGCCCGGAUCGACCCUUAGAUAGGAAAAAUCUCGGGAGAGAGAGAGAGAGAGA